GGGCCCCAUCCUCGUUCUUCGACCAUGGCUCUAUCACUAAGAAGAAACCAGCCUUUCCGGCUAUCCCAAGGCCAUCUUGGCUAAGCAAAGUGUCGUCAAAUUCGUCAUCAAACCAAGGCCCAUCGCCGGCGCCACAGCCGCGCUUCAAGACUGCUAUUUCUCGGACGUUAGGGAUGGGUGCUCAGGUCGUUCGUACACCCGACGAAGCUCUGGCACAUGUCCGGUCUCCCUCCACAGAUCUUGAUGAUCAGGAAUUUGGUCGGAACUGCUACUCCUUCGAUUCUCCUCCUUCUAGCCCACUCAAAGACUCAUCUGCGCCACCACCGCCCGAACUCCCAGCCCCACUCCUUUCCCCCAGCCUUGCUCGUACGAAUACUCCCCCAAAACCAAAACGUCCUCCGCCUGCCGCCCCGAUUCCGGACGUACCCUCCUCUGCAGAGGCGUCCUCCUCCCCCCUUCGUUCCGCAUUAAAGAGUUCAGCCUCACCUGCAAAGACGAGCAUUGAGUUGCCACCGCUCCCCAGCUUCCGCCCUAUCUCCGGAUUCAGUCCACCGCCGGUUCCUAGACCCAUUCCUCUUAUGGAUCCUCCCCCACCAUUUUCACCUGUGCUCCUUGCGCCAUGCCUGAAUCCUGAGGCUCCAGCUACUCAACAACUGGUUUCCCUUGAGACUGCGUCCUCGACAUUGACAACGACGAUUCACACUCUGACGGCGAUCCCCUCCGAUUUCGCUAGCCCAAGCCCCCCUCCCUCCCCGACGUCUCCAUUCGCUGCUGCUUUCCACGAGCACCAAGAAGCAGUGGGUCUUCGUGCCUCUGCGCUCCCGCUGCCGAGGAAGGGCUCAAGGGGAGAUACACAAUUGUAUUCUCCCCCUCCCCGCAUGCACAUCUUCUUGGAUCGUCCCUCUUCACCGUAUAUACACGUUCUCGCGUUUUUGCGAAGCGUGACAGCUGCUGCUUCCGCCCGUCCUUCCCUCCCUCGUGGUUUAUUACAAAUGCCUGCAUCCUCCGCCGCACGUAUGGAGGCUUUGUUUGAAUUGCGAGAGGAAGCGAGGUUUUUGGGUAUGGUCACGCUCGAGAAGCUCUGUGAUGAAGAGAUACUCCGAAGACAGCAGAAUAGGCAGUUGGGUUUGAGUCGAGGUACCAGUAGUGCAUCCUCUUCGAAGUCAGAAAUGACUUGCGUGAGUAAGAGUGCUCACACACAUAGCCCUAGUGCUGGGAGUGACACGACUUCGAACGAGCUCCACACGCUCAUUGAACUCGAUGUUCCCACAGAGGAUGCACAAGCCAAGACUCCAACAAAACCUAUAUUGGUCUCUCCACCCACAACCUCACCACUCAACCUCCCAUCCAAACAUUCCCCUUCCCCUUCUUCUGCACCCCAAAAAUCCAAUUGUCCAAACUGGGUCCGGUCGACAGCACAGAUCGACGUAUCGAGUUUCCACCCAGAGACUGGUCCCUCGCGUCCUGAUUCAGAUCUUUUCGCCCUCGAGCUUCCACCAUCUUUUUCCGCUCUCGCUUCUAGACCUCGUUCGAGAAGUAUGAACUCUCGCCAUGUGCAGCUCAGCCCAUCGAAGGAUGGAAGGAUAUGACCUCUUGAGCUCCAGGCUUAUCGCCGUUCCUGGGCAGCGACACCUCGAUCAUUUUGUUUUCUUACUGUUGCUUUCGUGUACCAUCCCGCUUGAUAGACUCCUUGCUUUCCGUUGUUUCCCUACCUCAGUCUGGACAUUUCGUGUUAAUCAGUUCAUCCAAUCGUUCACCCCCAUCACUCCACUCGCUUGUCCCUAAAAUUUCUU